AUGGGCCUGCGAUUGAUGGUUGGAAGAGGAGCUUCGCCAGGAAAAGGGUUGGGAAAGUACCUUCAGGGGAAGGUUGAGGCACCCAUGCUGAAGGGAAAGUUUGAUUAUUUUGGCUUAGGCUACAAGCCAGAUAUGAAGCAAAUGAGAAAAGAAGUGGAGAAAAGGCAGGAGAGAAGAAGGGCACGACUAAGCGGAGAGGAAGUCAAGGGGAUUUAUUUACCCUUAGCGAGGGGGUCCAGAAGUGAAGGCAUUGAAGAAAUGUUGGAGAAAGUUUGUAUCAAUGCUAUAGAGGCAGCUGAAAGAAGGUCCUUGCUGAAGAUCGGCCCAUAUGAACCUGGGAACUUGUUGAGAAUGGUGGAGCAAGAGGAUAAGCAGAUCCUACCUCAUAAGGAAUCAUUAGAAAUCGUGAGCCUAGAGGAAGGGAAAGAGGUGAAAAUCGAAACGGACAUCGCCGCAAGGACGAAAUACGACCUCAUUGAAUUACUUCGAGAGUUCAAGGAUGUUUUCGCAUGGUCCUAUCAGGAUAUGCCAGGGCUAAAUACUAGCAUUGUGGUACAUCGUUUACCUAUAAAAGAGGAUUGCAAACCAGUUCAGCAGAAGUUCAGAAGAAUGAGACCUGAUGUUGUGCUGAAAAUAAAAGAGGAGGUUAAAAAGCAGUUCGACACUGGGUUCUUACAGGAAGUUAAGUACUCCGAAUGGGUAGCAAACAUUAUCCCUGUUCCUAAAGAGGAUGGAAAGGUAGGGAUGUGCGUAGAUUACAGGGACCUGAAUAAGGCGAGUUCAAAAGACAAUUUUCCGCUGCCGUACAUUGACACUUUGGUAGAUAACACGGCUGGUCACUCAUUAUUUUCUUUCAUGGACGGCUUUUCCAGAUACAAUCAAAUAAAGAUGCACCCGGAGGACAUGAGCAAAACCACUUUCAUUACCUUAUGGGGAACAUUUCGUUACAAAGUAAUGCCCUUUGGAUUGAGGAAUGCAGGAGCAACAACGGAGGAGGAUCAUCUCCGAGUCUUGAGGAAGUUGUUCUUGAGAUUGAGAAAAUUUCAGCUCAAACUCAACCCAGCAAAAUGCAUAUUUGGAGCCAGAUCAGGAAAGUUGUUGGGCUUUAUAGUCAGUAAGAAGGAGAUUGAGAUUGACCCGGAUAAAGUUAAAGCAAUACGAGAUCUGCCUCCUUCAAACACCCAGAAAGAAGUCCGAGGGUUCCUAGGAAGGUUGAACUACAUUGCUCAGUUCAUUUCACAAUUGACUGAGAAAUGUGAUCCAGUGUUUCGCCUUCUGAAGAAGCAUAAUCUGGGGGAAUGGGAUGAGGGAUGUCAGAAAGCUUUUGACAAAAUAAAACAAUACUUGACUAAUGCUCCAAUACUAUCACUGCCUAGUCCAGAUAGGCCAUUGAUAUUAUAUCUAACGGUGUUUAACAAUUCCAUGGGAUGCGUCUUGGGCCAACAUGACGAGACAGGGAAGAAAGAGAGAGCAAUAUACUAUCUCAUAUAUGUAAGUCAGAAGGCUAUAAAAGGAAGUGCAAUAGCUGAUUUUCUAGCCAGCAGAGCCCUGGAAGACUAUGAGCCUUUGAACUUUGAUUUUCCAAAUGAGGAAUUAUUGUACGUGGCUAACACUGAAGAAAACCCUCGAAUAGACCACAUCUGGAAGUUAAAUUUCGACGGAGCUUCAAACGCUACAGAAUAUGAAGCGUGUAUUAUGGGCAUUCACGCAGCCAUCCAACGGAACAUCAAAGUGCUAAGAGUAUAUGGGGAUUCCGCAUUGGUGAUAUAUCAACUUAAAGGGGAAUGGGAAACUAGAGACCCUAAGUUAAUCAGUUAUAGAAGGCUGGUCCUCGAGUUGGUUGACGAGUUUGACGAUAUCACCUUCAGUGAUCUCCUACGAGAGGAAAAUCAAAUGGCUGAUGUAUUGGCUACUCUAGCUUCGAUGAUUUAG